AUGGAAUCCAGCUUCGCCAUUGGACCUCUGCAUAUGACUCAGCUCCCAGCCUCGACGCGUCCUUUAAAGCCUGGCAGAGACACUGAGAUUGAGAUCAACUGCAAGGAUUGUGAGGGCCUUGGUGUCAGCUUUAUUGGCGGCUCUGAAACGUCUCUGGUUCGGCUUAUUGUGAAUGCGGCUAGACUGCGACCGGCUGUCUUUCCUGAAGGAGCUGCAGCUCGUGAUGGUCGACUCCGGCCCGGGGACCAGCUGCUUAGCGUCAAUGGUGUUUCGUUGUCUGGCCAGCCCUACCUGAUUGUGCUCGAGUGUCUUAGCCAAGCUGUAGCCAAGGCUGUUGUCGGUCAGUCACGAGCCGCGCCCAUCACCACAGCUGCCAACCAGACCUCUAACAGCCAUGUUGCCAACGCCGUGGUCGCUCAUCGCUCCUCGCUGGCGUCGAGUACGCCUGACACAACGACACCACCAUCUGGUGGCAGCGGCAGUGGCAUUGGUGCUUCGACCCCUGUCGUCACUGAAACUUCACAGUACUCUGUACUUUUGUUGCUGCAUCGGCUAUCUGAGCCACGCGACAAAUGGUACGAUCAGGAGGAGACCGUGGAGCUGGUGAAAAAGCCCGGACGUGGCCUGGGCAUCUGUAUCACUGGCAGAUGUUGUGUCUGUCGUGAGGAGUCCUUGGACGAGGCCAGUCUUGCAGACAGUGAGAAGGAGAACGCCCAUGUCGGAACAGCCACGGGAAAUAGAGUUUUACAGAAAAAGACGGAUAUGAUCAGGCCGCAGCAAACCACCGUCUGCCAGCACAAGAUGGGGGUUUUAAUUUCAGAAACGACUGCUGUAGGUUCUCAAAUCUACUUGAUCCACAUAUCUUAG